GAGGAGGACCGACUUCCGUCCAGGCCGUUGUCUGGGUGGCGCGGCCGAGUCAUCGCCGGGCCUCGCCGCUUCCAUCUUCCAUUCCUGCCCCCCGCCCCGGUGCGGGGGGUCCACCAGCCAAGCCAGGCGGCAGGCGACUGAAAUUUACCUUCCAUUUCGUUUCGCCCGGCGCCCCGGCUGCCCGCGCUGGGGCCUGGGGCCUUUGGGGCCCGCGAGGCCCAGUCUGAGGGGCCGGGGCCUACGCUGGCCCGUCGCUGGGCCCCAUGAGGCAUAGCCUGACCAAGCUGCUGGCAGCGUCGGGCAGCGACUCCCCCACCCGCAGCGAGAGCCCGGCGCCGGCUGCGACCUGCUCGCUGCCCCCGGACCUGACUCGGGCGGCGGUGGCGGCAGCGGCGGCAGCGGCGGCAGCGGCGGCAGCAGCGGAGGAGGAGACGGCGGCGGCCGGAUCUCCCGGCCGCCAGCAGCCGCACGGCGACGCUGACGAGCUGGAGGCCGGGCGGGGGAGCCGCGGCGGCCUGGCCGUCCGCGCGCCCUCCCCCGAGGAGAUGGAGGAAGAAGCGAUUGCCAGUGUCCCCGGGGAAGAGACCGAGGACAUGGACUUUCUGUCAGGGCUGGAACUGGCGGAUCUCCUGGACCCUCGGCAGCCGGACUGGCACCUGGAGCCCGGGCUCAGCUCGCCUGGGCCUCUCUCCUCGUCCGGCGGAGGCUCGGAUAGCGGCGGCCUUUGGAGAGGGGACGACGACGACGAGGCCGCGGCCGCUGAGAUGCAGCGCUUUUCCGACCUACUGCAGAGGCUGUUAAACGGUAUCGGAGGCUGCAGCAGCAGCAGUGACAGUGGCGGCGGCGAAAAGAGGCGGAGAAAGUCCCCGGGAGGCGGAGGCGGCGGCGGCAGUGGUGGCGGCAGCGGCAACGACAACAACCAGGCGGCGACAAAGAGUCCCCGGAAGGCGGCGGCGGCCGCUGCCCGUCUAAAUCGGCUGAAGAAGAAGGAGUACGUGAUGGGGCUGGAGAGUCGAGUCCGCGGUCUGGCAGCCGAGAACCAGGAGCUGCGGGCCGAGAAUCGGGAGCUGAGCAAACGCGUGCAGGCACUGCAGGAGGAGAGUCGCUACCUACGGGCCGUCUUGGCCAACGAGACUGGACUGGCUCGCUUGCUGAGCCGGCUGAGCGGCGUGGGACUGCGGCUGACCACCUCGCUCUUCAGAGACUCGCCCGCCGGUGACCACGACUACGCGUUGCCCGUGGGAAAGCAGCAGCAGGACGUGCUGGAAGAGGACGACUCAGCGGGAGGAGUGUGUCUUCAUGUGGACAAGGAUAAGGUGUCGGUGGAGUUCUGCUCGGCGUGCGCUCGGAAGGCGUCGUCGUCUCUUAAAAUUUUCUUUUUUAGGUGAUUUCCUUCCUGCCAGGCUCCGUUGUAGGGGUUACAGAACAGUCGUUCCCGCCUCACAACCUGGUAAGGAUCCAUCUCUUCACGUAACGCUCAUGCUCUGCUGCUUAGUCUACUUUAAUGGGCAACAUCUCAAUUUGUGUGUGUGUGAUCUUUUUGUUUUUUCUUUUUUGGAAGGUGGGAGGGGAAUCUAAUUUGGGCCCUGUCCACCCUGGAAACAGACUUGUGCUGGUCAAUAAUGUAUUUAAGAUGCUUCUUCUGGUUGAAAUAGCUGUUAAUGUGUCCCCUUGUUCAGACUUGCGUGUACCUAGCUCUUCUGUCCCCAGUGUGGACAUGGCCUUGGAUGACAUCGGUUCCAACUGUACACUGAAACCUGCUUAUAGAGAUACAGUUUGGAGACAGUGAAACAGGUGAAGUUGAAUGGAAGUUCCGAGUUGUACAAGGUGCAAAUUGGAAUUCCAAUUUUAAUGCAACUUUUCAGAGGUUGACAAAUAAGUAUUUGGGGCAUGCAUAUAUGUGAUAGUUAUUUUGCUGGAGAUGACAGAAAUCUUUUAAAUAUUCAAGAAUGCCUUUUUGGUUUUCAGUAGAAGAUGCAGAAAUUCAGCCUACUGAAAAGAACAUUUUAAUAUCUCUCCAUUAGAGAAGUUGGAAAUUAACAUGCAUAUAAGAUUCCUUCCUGUGUUUUAGUUAACUGGGGAAAGACUAAGAAUGGUUAAUGAAAUGUUUCCUUGAGGACCAGCACAGUGAUUUACCCUAUCACUGAUCAUGAAUAAAUUGUUGAAAACACUUAUUUUAUGUUGUAUUACAAUUUUAGGUUAAAUUUAUGUAUGUAUGAUUAGAUAUUGAAGGUUGUGAAAUGUGAAUGAAAACAUGUAAAGUGAGGCUUCACAAAGAAUCUUACUCUUUAUAUUUCAAGAGUAUUUGUCCUAUUUAGAAGUAAUUUUUGAAACUGAGUGGUUCUGGCCACUUAAAUGUCAUGGUUGAUGCUACUUUUCCAAAGAUGGGACGUAUUCUUCCCUUGAAAUACUUCAUUAUGUAUUGUCCAGUUGUAUAAAUUCAGUUAUGGUGUCUCUCGGUGUAAGAAGUAUUAAAUUCUUUGUGAAACGUCACUGUUUGAUAAAGUAUAUACGUAUUUAGCAUCCUUGUUUUUCUUUGUGCUAAAGUGGAUACAGCUGUUGGGGCAGAAGAGACGGGACCAGCUGCUGGCCACAUUUCCUGCUUUAUUUUAAAAGGUAGUAUAAGAAAUGAGGAAAAAGAGGUAAUAUCAGGGCUUCUGCUGUCUUUUGUUUUUAAAAUGUUCAUAAUUAAAAAGUAUUUUCCAGCAGUCCAAAGAUGUAAGUUAUAUUAUGAAAUGUUUUUAUUUUGUUGUUAUUUGGUUAUGAAAAUGGAAUCCUUGUUCUUGCACAAUGUAAAUGAUUUGUUGCUAGAUUUGAGACCUAAAUUGGUCUCUGGUUUCCAGUGCAUCACAGCAUAUUCUGUAAAAUCAUCUACUGCACUUGAGCAUGAAUGGGUAGUAGCUAAACUCACAACCUGGAGUGAUGAACCUGCUUAUACCUAAGGGCAGGAGCAAGCCCCUCACAAUGCAGCUGCAUGGAUUUUUAGUGCCUACUGAAUAAUAUAUAUACAUAUAUAUAUAUAAACCAAAAGUAGUUGGAAAAUUAUUUGAAAUGACUAAUUUGUGCUAUCUUUAUGAAAUAUGUUAAAUGUAGCUUUUUGAAACAGAAGCCUUGAAUUGAAAUUUAACUAAUACUUGAACAUUUUGUAUAUAUUUCUUUGUAUAUAAUUUUGUGCAGUACCAAUGACAAAAAUAUUGGUGUCAUAAUAAAACCAGGUUUGUUGAUCUUUCAGUUAUGGGCUCAAAGAAUUUAUUCAUCUCUAACAUGACAUUGGAAAAUAAUGGAUGAAAAUAGGAAAAAUGAUUGUUGUUAAUGCUGACUGUGGGUCUUAAUCAAAAGGUUCUGGAAGCACUUAGCAGUGUCUGCAAAAACGAAUCUUUUCCUACAACCUGUUAACUGACUGGACUGAUGGUAACAAAGUAAUUGUGGGAGCCAUGUCGGUCAAAAAUUUGGCAUCUGCUGAAAAAAAAAAAAAAGAAUGCCAUUUUCAAGUUCCCAAAUUACUUCUAUACUGAUUUUACUUUCCAGAAAUGGAGCUAUGAAAAGAUUCUCUGGAAUUCUUGAAAGACUUAAUAGAAAUACAUGAGACAUGAGACUAAGUUAAUUUUGGAACAGAAUUAGACUUUUUUUUUUGUCUUUCAUGGGAGUGAUACUCACUUCUUUGCAUACCUUUAAAAAAUUGUAACCAUUGGAGAAGAGAAUUAGAGUAUCUCAUCAAGAAAUACUAGUUUCUUUACAUAAUCAAGAGCAUAUUCUAUGUAUUAUAUUUAGUGGACUAGAAUUACAUAAACAGGCCAUCAGUGAUCACAAGGCAUAUCAUGAGUUUGUAUUUCUUUCCUGGAACAUGAGAGCUUAUUUGGAGUACAGACACCUUGCUGAGUAGAAUAUAAAGGUUAAUGUAAAGUCCUUCAUAGUCUUUUAAAAUAGAUGCAUUGAAUUGUCUGUAAUCUCAAAAAGUUGAUGAUGAUUAAAUGUCUGGGUAGUUAAUUGAAAAUUAGGUAAUACCAGGAUGUGUGGAUUCUGAGAUUUUGGCUUCUUGAGCUUUCUUUGAGUACUUGAUACUUUUCUUAAAAAAAAUAUUUUGCGGUUUCUAAUGAAUGGUAUACUAGUUUCUACUGUUUAUUAAAAUUUAUCUAGAGUUAUGUAAGGGCUUUAGUAUUCUGGAUGAUGCGAGUUUCUUUUUUCGUGGCAUAUGGUUGUUUACUUAAUUGAAAUACUUUUUCCAGUUUAUUACAAGUGUAAAAAAACACUCAAAACUCUGGAUUGUUUUAUUUCAUUUUCAUUGGAUUGUGUUAACGUAUUUCACCUGGUCUAGACUGUCAUUUUAUCUUACUGAUUCAGUUGGGAAGAGUGCAGAUAUAGACGAGGGAGGGGAUAGGAGAUAGGCUCUUAUUUAUAAUGAUUGUAUAGUUGGUUUUUAUUUGGCAUUCAGAUCUUUCUAAAUCCACUCAUGUAUUCAGUGCCUGUGAAGCCAGGCAGCAAAGAGCCUUCCUGCUGGCUAUUUACAUGUUUGUGGUUAAUGCUGUUACAGUCUAGCUGGUUGUAAUUGCACAACCAAGUUUAAGUACUAACACUGUUUGUUGACUAUGACUACUAUUUUGAUUACCAAUGUUGAUGAGUAAUUAUCUUUUUAAUAUGUGAUUGCCUAAUUCAGGAUUUUGAAGGUGUAGUUAAGGGCCACACCAAUUUUAGUCAGGUUUUUCAGCUAAAUAAUCUGAUGAUUGAUGAAAGUUGGUUAGUAAAAUGUUUUAAUAUUUUUUCCCCCAGAAUAUUUUUGCUAUUUUUCUCCUUUAAUUACCAUGUAAGCUAGGGAUCAAAGCGCUUCCUUUAAAAUCAUGCAGAGUGCUUUGUUUGACCAUCGAGAGACAGGAGAGCUCCCAUCUAUCAGCUGGUUUACUCCCUCAUAUGCCUGCAAUGGCCAAGACUGGGCCAGAGGUGAAGGCAGGAGUCAGGAACUCAAUCCAGGUCUCCCAUGUCAGUGGCAGGGACCCAGGACCCAAAUACUUGAGCCAUCACUGAUACUUUCCAAGGUUUACAAUGCCAGGAAAUUGGAAUCAGGAGCCACAGCCAGGCAUCAAAUAAAUCCAGACACUUUGAUGGGGGCACAGGCACAUUAACUGCUAGGCCAGAUGUCCCUCUGUUACCCUAUACUUUCUGUUGUUGAAAAUACUUAGCUCAGUUUUCACAAUGAAUGAACUUAAAAAUCUAGUCAGUAGUUUUGUAUAUUGUGUAGUUCUGUUUAUGUAGUGAUAUGAAUUUUAUUAGGAGUCCAGCAACUUUAGAAUGUACCUCCAGAUUCUGUAUCUUCCCUGUAUAUCCACUGAUGUUAAUGUCCUAGAACCCUCUGGCUCUUAGUGUACUAUAAUUUGGAGUUUAAAAAGUAGACUGAUAUCUUAAGUAUGAGCCCUCCCCCACCUCCCAUUUUUUUUUUUUUUUAAGUCAAAUUAACUACAAAGUGAGUUGUAGGACAGAUUUUUAGUAGGUUGUCUACUGUGUUUGGACUGAAAUAUCAAAAACUUACUUUCCUUACUGAUUGAGGUAGUGUUCUUUAGGUCUUAUCUCUGAAUCAUAAUGUAGAUUACAGAAAGUUCAAAUCAUAGACCUGCCCACAGACCAAAAACUUUAGUUAGAGUUGAAGUAGCAGACUUAGCAUAAUUUAUUGCUUAUGUCACCUAUUUCUGCUAAUUGGAAAAGAUGAUUCAAGAAGUAUGUACAGAGGACAGAUGUGACUUUUUGAUUACAGAAACUGUUAGAAACUCUUCAGCCUAUUUAUAGAUAGUAUUAUGUGAAGAAGUAAAUAUUCUGGGAAUAUUUAAGAUAUUAGGAAAACAUUUUGUACUCAAGUAUUAAACAACAAUAUCAGUGGGUUUUGAAUUGUUUUGAUUGUACUAUUUUGUAUUCUUAAGGAGUCUAUUAAUUUGGAUUUGAAAUUAGGAAUUCAUUACUGUUUUCAGUGAUAAGGGAAACUGCUUUGAAUAUGAGUGACAGUGCCGGUAAAUUUGGAUUGGAGGGCUUGAUAUUUCUGCUUGAAAAUAAGGAGGGUUCCCCCCUACCAUAUCUUUUAAGUUUUAUAUAUAUGAGGAGGCUUCAAAAAAAAUUGUGAAAAAUGGAAUUAAACCGUAGUGCUUAGUUUCCAGGAACUUCUGGAAGCCCCCUCAGAUGUUUUCUUCUCUUCCCUUAAGUUGCAAAAUUUUCAAAAAACUUGGGAAAUCCAGGAAAGAAUCAAGAUUGAAAAAACUCAUUUGUAACUCUAGCCCUUGCAAUAUCCACAGUAUACUUUCUUUUAAUCUCCUGUGCAUAUAGAUUCUUUUGCCUUAAACUGAAGAUCAUUUCCUAUCUUAAUAGAGAGU